AUGAACCUUAGUAACCACUUUCCUUCGUACAUUUCGGAUAUCGACCCCGAAGACUCGACAGCCGAGGUGUCUUCUGAAGUUCUUUGUAGUUCGGAGUAGUGUUGUAAAGUCGAGAAGUCAAGAUUUCGAUCGAUUCACUAACAACAUCUUUUCUUCCCGCAUGGCAGAUCAUUUUUCUUUUUUCGUUGCGUUUGGGAAGGCUCUGAAAAUUUGCUGUGAAGGUCUAGGUUGAGACUUUUAACAGUGGCUACCCGAGCAAAAUUUUACUAUUGAAUUUUAGGUUUUACAAAUGUUUCGUUUACACGGACAAAGUCCAGAUGGACCAAAAAAAGAUUCUGGAAAAGGCUCCUCUUUUCUUGACCUACAUAGGAAAAAAAGCGGAAAAAAUGGAAAAAGGAAAUUUAGAGAAAAUUUUGAUUCUUUUUUUGGAACUCUGAAAUAAGUUACUGAUUCCUUUUUUUUUAAGCACCUUUGGACUUUUUCCGUGUUAAGAAAAAAUUAAGCCUAAUGUGAAAAAAAAAAUGCAAUUUUGUAAAUUAAUCUUGAUAAAAAAACUACGAGAACCUUCAAAAAAAUUUCAAACUUCGAAAUUUCAGAAAAAUUCCAAACUCCAAAAAGAUGAGAACACUCUUCAGAGAAAAAUAAUUGUAUUUUGAUUUUUUUCAAACUCUCAAUUAAUUUUUUUAAAAAGGCUCAUUUGCGAAGGUUCCGUGCUCUAUUCACUGAUUUCCGACGAAGAUCAAAAUGCAGAAAUCUGAGAAAAUAACAAGUUUCGAGGACUAAUGACCCGUUUGCAGUCGACUCUGAAUGGUCGAACGGAGCCGCCGCCGCAAAUGCAGGUGCUCCCCCCACAGGUUGUCAUGGAUUUGCCAGCGGUUUUCCGUUGAACUCGGCCCGAUUUUUGAGGUUGGUGCCACCGGCGACGGCGUCGCUCAGAUCCACUGCUUCGUCUGCUACCAGCGAAUCGAGCGCGGCAAAAUCGUCGGCAACUGCUUCAAGCCAUGCAAUUGUCCCAUGUGAGUUUAUUCGCAUCGAAUAGGUCGAGUUUCAUCUUAAAAUUUUCUUCUCCUGAAAAAAGUCGGAAAGGGUCGAAAAUGGUUUCCUUUUUUUUUAAGAGUAAAAAAGGAUCCUUUUUGCUGCUUUUUUUUUGCAUCCAUUUUUGCUGCUUCUCCCAUUUUCCAUCAUUCUUUGAGCUUUUGAAAUCCAAGAAAAAAUGGAACGCUUGAUAAAGAGGCUCUUUUUGCUUUAUUUGUCCUGCCUUUUUGAGUUUGUCUCUUUUAGAGGCCGGUAUCCACCAUUCCGACUUUUCCCUAGCCUUCAGUUCUCGUAUUUUGCAAAUUCGUUUGAAGUCAAUGUAUGUCGUUUCUCAGACAAAUUAUACUUUUUUACGAGCUUUUUGCAAGAAUUCAUAAGGUCAAAAAAUAGGCAGCAAAAAAGAAUACAUAUUUGAUAAAAAAUAACGAAAAAAAAAGCAGAAUAAAAAAAUCUUUUCCCACGUUUUCAGCGAAAUUAUAGAGAAUUUUAGUUUUUGCUCGAACUUCCCUGUUUCUUUUUUUGCUUUCAAAAAGGCCGGAGACUCAAAACGAGCCUUCUGGAAAAAUUAGGUAUAGAUUGAUCGAAAUUCCUGGUUGGAGAGUUUAAAUUCGCCUAGACAGAGUCUUAAGAAGAUAAGACUCAACUUAACACUGAGAACGACUUAUCGCCUUAAAACUUUUUUAAUUCUCUUGAAAAACUUCAGGAAAAAUUUCACACAAACUAUCAUUAUUAUCAGAACAGGUUUUGAAAAAAUUGCUCUUAAAAUUCCAACCUCUUUUUGUAUAUCUUCCAGAGGCCAAUUUUCACUUUUUCAUGAUAUUCCAACUUUCGGACAAUGUUACCUUUACAUGGAAAAUUCACUUGAAAGCUCUUUUUCUGCCAGUCGCGAGGAACGCUUUUUUGAAAAUCGUUUUGUCGUUUGAAGAUACGAUGAUUUGAUAUUGUUUGUUUUUCUUUUCCCGCAUAUAUAUGUGCCAACGUCGCGUCAUCCAGCUUUCUGCAAUAUUUUUCAUCUUUUUUGACUGUAAUUCUUUGUCAAAGUUUCUUUUGGUGUAGUACCUUUGAAGAACUGUAGUCACUCGAGAACUUUAAAUUUUUUUAAGGAUGUCGAGGAAGGAUUUCUAACCAAAAAGACGAAAUUCAGCACAUAUCGUUCGAAAUUUGGUCGAUGUUUAAUAGAAAUUUCAAAGCAAAUAAUGUUAAUAUACAAUUAUUUUUCAUUGAAGUCGAAUCGCUUUUUUUCCUUUGCGAAAGGAAAUUUCUAACCUUUUUUCUCCAAGCUUUGCACUAAAUAAGCUUUACAGUAUAUCGAGUGUUUUGGCUAUUUUGAAUUCAAUUAUUAUUGCGAUUAUCACGCAGGAAAUUCCCUUUUCAAUAAGAGUUUUUAAGAUUCCAUUACUUCGUGAGAAGAAAAAUGAUAGAAAACGAAACGAGAAUGAGUAAGAAAAGAAUUGUAAAAAAUUGUUCGAAAGAACGUAUUAUUUAUUCCGUUUCUUCUUUUUGAUUGAUUCAGCGUUUAUUUGAUGCUUUGAUAAAAAAAAAGUUAUGAAUUUAUGAUUUUUUUUUUACAUUUAGCGAAGGUAUACGGAAAGCUUCUAUUUAUUUCCAUUCUUGACUUAAAACGGCGGGAAAUCGCUCGGAUAUUCCGAAAUUCAUCAAAGUUUAACUAUCCAAUCAGUUUUUUCAAUACUCUAUCGGUUAGUUUACCUCAUUUUUUUUUGUUGAAUCCGGAGUUUUUUUUCUAACUUCUUUCGAGUCUGAUUUGGUGAGAAUUUUCUUCUGAAAACUGAUUUGAGAGUCUUUCUGGCGAUAAGUAUAAAAAAAAAUGUAAAUUCAGUCCGUUUGCAGGCUGUGGGUACACUCAAAUUGUGCGAUAGAAAGUCCCGGGUUCAUGCGGACAAGGUGUUUGACCUGCGGUCACCGAAAUCAAGUCACAAAGGUUGAAAAAUGGCCCGUAAUCAUCAAUUUUGACCGUUUCAGAGGCACGUCGAGUGCGAUUUGUCAACCGUCGAGGAAUUGGCUGGUAAAUUGACUCGGCUUGUCGGAAAAAACGGGAUUCCUUUCAGAGGACGAGGAAGAAAACGCUCCAGCGACGGCCAACCGAGAAACGGUCGAAUGCGGCAUUUGCAAUGGGCAGAAAUACGUGGUAAAACUCAUCAUAUCGUGAAAAAAAUCCGUCUUUCAAUGUCACUACGUUGUCAGGGAAUGGAUCUUGCUUUUCCAUUCAAACCCUGUUGUACUUGGAACAGAUUUUUUGCGUCGAAUUUAGAAAUAUGAAAAACUUUUGAACAUCUAGUCAGAGCUCGACUGGCUUCGCUAAAAGGGUCCUGACACGAAGAGAAAGAAACAGUGCCUUGUUGGUGGAGAGCGCAGACAGGCCACGCCCUCUUAUAGCUGAUUCGGCUGGCUUGAGCCAUAGAAAAAAUGGUCCUGACACGGUAAUGCACGAAAUAGCGCCUGGCUCGUGGAGAGCGCAUACAGACCACGCCCACUUAGCGUCCCAAACAAGCCCGAAUCGGCUUUACAAGUGUCAUUUGUACUUAUUCUAUAAUCCUGUCAGAGUUCUUGAAAAAAGGGAAUUUUUGAGGGAAAAUAUUUCCUCUGAUCAAUUUUUCGGGGAAAGUUAUCGGCGUAAUGAGAAGAAACCGGUCUUUGAUUGUCGAAUCGAUAUUUUUAAAAUCUUUUUCUUAUAUUUGAGCUUUCACAAGCUCAAUUUCAAUGUCAAGGUCCAAUUAAUCUGAAGAAAUGUUCAAAAUAGCUCAUCUAGAGCUAUACUCGAAGUACUAGAAAUAUCCAAAGUCGGUCAAAAAUGAAAAAAAAAAACAAUGCACCAGAAUUAGAUAAUUUCCAUUUCGCGGAAAUCUCUUCGAACAUGGUUCUCGAAUUGAUGAAUAAAACCAUGGAACUUGAAUGAAUUUUCAUCAAAAAACUCAUUGGAGGGAAACGAACCAACACCGACUUUCGUUCCUCGAAAAUAUAAAAACUUUUGGAAACACGAAUCAUUUUUAGAGGCCAACUCCGGCUGAGAAAUCGGAUGCGCUGCUCAUAAGACCGUGUUUCUGCGGGUGGGUUGUAAUGAAAAAUCAUUUUUCAUCGACUAAUCUAUUUUAGGAAUGCAGUUCACCAUGGCUGUCUUGUCCAGAAGUUGCCCUUCCAGAAAUCGUGCCAACAUUGCGGCGUCGUCUACAAAUACAACAAAGUAAGGAAAAAUUAAAAAAAUAAUUUUUUUUGAAAAAGCUUCUGGUCUAUUUUAAUAAAAAAAUUUUUCUGCACUCCGCGCUCAAAAAUGAAAUAGAAAAUCUUUUUUUAAAAUUCUGACUGUAUUUAAUAUUUUACUAAAUAAACUUUGAAAGCGGCAAAAAGUUUUGCGUGAGUUUUUUUCAAAGAGUCUGAAAAAAAGGUAUAUAUGAAAUCAGCGGUUUUCAGUUUAUUCUUUUCUCCAAGUAAGACCUUUUCCAUGCGCCUUUAAAGAGCCUGAACAAAUCAAUCAGUGAGAAAUUUGCAAGAUUUGGAUCGAAAAUAAAUUUUUUUUUCAGUCAGAGGACUUGAAAAAGAGAUUCAAAAGCAGACUAAUUGGAUGGAAAAAAUAGUUCGAGAAAUUUUGUACUUUAAUGAUUUUUUUGUUGUUGAAGGAUGUGAAAUGGAACAAAGUUUGGUAGGCGAGCUUAUAAAACUGAAACUGACUGACUUGAGCCAUCGAAAAAAUGGUCCCGACGCGAUAAAAAAAAGUGACAGUACUCAGUUAGUGGAGAGCGAAGACAGGCCACGCCCCUCAGAGUCUCAAGCUAACUGUGAAUCGACUAUGAUUGAAUUUUUUUCAGUACGGCUCACUCGGCGACUACUUUAUCCGUUACUGGUUUCAAUACGCGACCGCCUUGAUUAUUUUGGGAACUUUGACGUUAUUGGCCUGGGUUUCAUUGAGUAACUCGUUUUUCUUCUCCAGAAACUGCUCCUCUUGGUGUGUUGGUGGGUUUUUCUUCAUAAGGGGAAAUCGCAAAGGAAAAAUAGAAGUGAAAAACGAGGAGUAAUCAAGAAAAAUACACAUUUUAUUUCGUAUCUAGCUGAGGAGGUUAAAGCGUAUCCUCAAUAUACGUCAGGAGAAAUUUUUUUUAUAUUGAUUCGGGGGUUUUUUUUGGAUCAAAAGAGAAGUUCUGUUAAGUCAAUGUCGAAAAUUUUCGAAAAAUUACAAAAAGAAACUUUUAAAAAAGCGUUCAAAGAUUGUGUCCGGCCGAUAGAAUUAUUCCAAAAGAGUUGCAAAAAAGUCAAAAAAUGACUUUUUUUUUAAGUUGAGAAGAAUGAGCUAAGGUGUGUUAGGGUGUUCAAAAACCUCAAGAAGGCUUUUUGGAGGCUUUCUGACGAAUAAGAAGUUGAGAGAAAAUGAACUUAUUUUUUUAACACUUUUUCGAAAGUGGAAAAGAAGAAUUGUGUUUCAAGUUACAACGUAGUAAUUUGCAGUGCUGACAGUUUUCGGCUGCUUAUUUUUCCUGGCCUCAGUGAGCUGCUUGGUUUUCCUCAUCAAAUGUACGUUCUGCAGACGAAUCCCACGCUUCAGACAACGAUACGGAAAGGUUCGGCUAUUUGGAAAAUUUAGGAAAAGGAAUUGGUUGAAUUGAUCCUUUUCUUCCAAAUCCGAGUUUUUCCGACUUAUUUUCUUUAAAUAACGUUCACGGAGACGAAUAUUUCCUCAGAAUCGAAGGAAAAAGGAAGUGAGUUUGGAAAGCUUGCUCCAAGGCUAAUAUUAGCAAAAGUGAAUAAUUCUGAAAAAAAAAUGGUCAAACGACGUCCAGCCCUCUUGGCAGCGUUUUUCUCUCGAAAAAAUUGUGAGUGGCCCCUAUAGGCUUUUGACGUUUUAGUGAUCAUUAUAGUAGUCUCUUUAGUAGCCACUUGAAAGAAAACUACUAUAGUGGCAGUGGUUUAGUGUCCUCUCCAAAUAGCUGUCGAGGAAUCUCUUAAGUGGCCACUAGAGUUUUUCCUAUUUGUAUCCAUUGAAAAAUGAGCUAAGGAAGCUCACGAGAACGCAGAAAAGAUGGUUCACUGAUGAUGUUUCCAGGUGACAAUGACAGACUACUGGCCAGGAACUUCGCCAGAAAAGCCCGCCGUCAAGCAGGUUUUCCGUCUCGUCCGACCAUCAACCGACGAUUUUCAGUUCCGUUUCGCGGUACCUGAGGCUCUUCCGAUGGAAGUUCGACCCCUGGCGACGACGAGAGAACUCCCGACGGCAGGUCCUAGAAAGGUCUCAGCGGCGCCGGACCUCGGCGAACUCUCCUUCGGCCAGUUCCUCUUCGGCGUCUCGACGGCUCAGAAGCAUCAAAGCUCCUCGACUCCCAUCGAAAACGACGCCAAUUUCACCUUCGAAAGCUCCACCGAGCCUGCCUAA